AUGGAGGAGACUCAUGUCUGUGACAAGUGCUGUGCAGAGUUCUUUGAACAAUCUGAGUUCGUUGAGCAUAAGAAAAAUUGCACAAAAAAUCCACCUGUCCUGAUAAUGAACGAGUGUGAAGGAGAAUUGCCCUCGGAGGUCUACCCAGGGUCUAUCCCCAAGAGCACCGAGGAGGAGAUAUCUGAGAAUAAAGUGGUAAAGGGUGCUGGUGUUCCUGCUGAAAGGAUGGAGGGGGAAUCUGAUUCUGUUAAUAAAACAGUCCCUCGAGCAGCUCCGAAGGCUAAUGGAUUUGGCUUCUUGCCUAAAACAAAUGUCUCCAACACUAAUGUGACUUUACAAACUAUCAAUAGUACUAAAGCAGCUGUUAAUCAACAUGCAUCGGAUGGAACUAGUGCUCCAGCAAACAAUGCAAAUGCCAUCCCAAUGAUCCUUGAACAACUAGUGUGCUUACAACAGCAGCAGCUACAGCAGAUUCAGCUUACUGAGCAGAUCCGUAUUCAGAUUGCUAUGAUGGCUCCUAAUUCCCUGCAUCCAUCUCUAGCUGCUGCCACUGACCCAUUGAAAGCACUGGGUGCUCACCUAUCACAGCAGCUCUCUGCAGCUGUUGCUCUGAUUGGACAUAAAGCUGGAACGCAAAACCUUACUCUCGAGACACUUAAGCAGUCAAAGCUACCUCACGUCACCCUGCCUAUUCCAACUUCUGGCGCUGUGCCGAUCGCCCUUUCCAAUCCAAUGUUAAAAUCUGAGGUCAGUAAGGUUAUGCCCACUUCUGUGGCCAGGUUUCCAAACCCUGUCCUACCUCAUGCUCCUGGGACUGUAAUCUUCCAGAAUCCACUCAAUCUCCUUGACCCUAAUAAGAAACUGAAAAGCAAAUUUCCAGGUGUCCCUAUGUCAGAAACUAAACUGAUUGCAGAGGACCAAUUCUUUAGACAUAAGUGUAAGUUCUGUGGCAAAGUUUUCGGCAAUGACAGCGCAUUGCAAAUACAUUUACGUUCACAUACUGGUGAAAGGCCUUACAAGUGCAACAUCUGUGGCAACAGAUUUACAACAAAAGGUAACUUGAAGGUUCACUUCCAGAGGCAUAGAGAAAAAUAUCCACAUAUACGUAUGAAUCCCUAUCCUGUACCAGAACAUCUGGAUAAUGUUCCUACUACAAGUGGGAUUCCAUAUGGCAUGUCUGUUCCAUUGGAUGAGUCUAAUGUAAUUGUGGAUACCAAGCCUGUGUUGACUAGUCUUCCCAAUCCAGGACUAACUAUACCAAAUGUUUCCAGUAUAGGUGAGUCGGGAUCAACCUUCCCACUCAACAUACAGUCCAAGCUGUCACCAGGCAGUGAAGGAGAGUCUGUGUCAUCUGGAGCUGUUGGCCAUGAGUCUGGCACUGAUCAAAGUCUAAACUCUCCUCCUGCUAGUGGGUCCAGUGAGCAAGGUUCAGAAACGAGCAAGCUACAGCAACUGGUAGAAAACAUUGAUAAGACUGGUUCAGAUCCCAACGAGUGCUUGAUUUGUCAUAGAGUACUAAGUUGCCCUAGCUCGCUGAAAAUGCACUACCGCACCCACACCGGGGAACGACCUUUCAAGUGCAAAAUCUGCGGACGAGCGUUCUCCACUAAAAGCAACCUUAAAACGCACUAUGGUGUCCAUCGUGCAAACACGCCUCAAAAGAUGCAUUCCUGCCCUAUCUGUCAAAAGAAAUUUACCAAUGCAGUGGUCUUGCAGCAACAUAUUAGGAUGCAUAUGGGUGGACAGAUUCCAAAUACACCUUUACCAGAAGAUACAUGUGAAGAUGGGGAACUUGAUCCUUUAGUGAUUGAUGAGAAGAACGGAGAUUUGAACAGCUUGACAGAUGAAAAUGUUGAUGACAUUGACAUGGAGGAAGACCCUGAACUUGCAGAUGCUCCUUCAGGUUCUAAGCCCCCAACCCCGCAGAGUGAUGGUCAAGUGGAAUCUCCAAGCAUGCCGCUCUCUGAUCUUUCAUCUCAGGACAAUCAGAUGUCUAUGCCUCCGGGACUCUGCUUGCAAAGGCAAAACAGUAUUAAAUCAAGCGAGAAUGGGUCAAUGGAAAGUGAUGGCUUGACAAAUGAUUCCUCUUCAGUUGGGGAUCCAGAAUACCAAAAUGGUAAAAGUCCAACACAGUCUGAACUAAGGACUCUUUCUCCAACCAAUAGCCAAGAUGACAGUCUUCCUUCCAAGUCUCCACCUUCUUACAACGGUCACGAUGUAAUGGGUGUGCCGAACAAAGAGUCGAGUCCAAAUGUGUACGUUGGUCCUCCACCCACACUAAUCAAAGUGGAAAUGCCAGGAGAUCGUCUUUUGGGCCCCACACAAUUCAUCAGUCCACCAAAUCUUUCCCCCGGCCUAACACCACUCAUAGUCCCUCCUCGCCGCACAGCAAAGCAACAUAUCUGCCCCACGUGUACCAAGAACUUUUCUUCGGCUAGUGCUUUGCAGAUCCACGAGAGAACUCAUACUGGGGAAAAACCUUUUGCGUGCACGAUAUGUGGACGAGCUUUCACAACAAAAGGAAACCUCAAAGUUCAUGUGGGAACUCACAUGUGGAAUAACUCUGCCCGUCGUGGGCGGAGACUCUCUGUGGAUAACCAAAUACCUGCCUUGCCAAAUGACAGUAAGAAAGUGCCUGAGAUCUUUCCAAAAUAUUUUGUUCCUCCUGCGGUCAACAUUGAUGCUACUGUUUGGAAUCAGUAUGCUACCGCUCUUAGUAGCGGCUUGGCCUUGAAGACUAAUGAGAUCUCAGUAAUCCAGAGUGGUGGCAUUCCUACAUUGCCAGUCAGUAAUGGAGGUCCUUCCAUCAUCACCACAGCUACUGUCGCUAACCUGGACGUCAGUCAGGCUAGUGCAAGUCAGACUAUAGCCAACAGGGAAGAAAAAAGUGCGGAGAGUGUGCCAAAACACCAAUUUACACACUUCUUGGAGGAAAAUAUAGCUGUGAAAUGA